AAAUAAAUUGAAUUUUUAAAGACAUUGACUGUUUGGUAUUUUUUGUUUGUUUUUGUAUAGCAGCUAAGUAUAUCUGUAUAUAGGUUGUUAGUUGUUACGAUUUUUUUUACUUCAUUCAACUAUAAUAUGGAUGGCAAAGCGCAGUCAGAGGGAGGUAAGCUCUGGGGUGGCAGAUUCAGUGCAGACAAUGAUCCAAUAAUGGAAAUAUUUAACAAGUCAAUUGAUUUUGACAAGCGUAUGUGGAGGGAAGAUAUUAAAGGAAGUAAAGCAUAUGCCAUUGCAUUAUCAAAAGCAUCAUUGAUAACGAAAGAUGAAGUUUCAUCAAUGCUAAAAGGCCUUGAUGCUGUACAUGAUGAAUGGGAAGCCGAAUCUUUUAAAAUCGAACAAUCUGAUGAAGAUAUUCAUACUGCCAAUGAACGACGCUUGAGUGAAAUCAUCGGUCCUGAAAUUGCGGGAAAGUUGCAUACUGGAAGAAGUAGAAAUGACCAGGUUGUCACAGACGUCAGGCUAUGGAUUCGCCAGGAAUUGAAAACAUUUUCAAACUUAAUGAAACUACUUAUAACAUCAGUAACUGAAAGAGCAAAACAGGACAUUAAUGCUUUAAUGCCUGGAUAUACACAUAUGCAGAGAGCACAACCGAUCAGAUGGAGUCACUGGCUGAUGAGUUAUGGGAGUGCAUUUCUACGAAACUGGCAAAGCUUGAUUCCAUUACAUGCGAAAAUCAAUAUAUUACCAUUGGGCAGUGGAGCUUUGGCUGGGAACCCGUUCAAUAUUGACAGAGAAUUUCUUGCAAAAGAACUUGGUUUUAACGAAAUAAGCUUAAACAGUCUUGAUGCAACAGGAAAUAGAGAUUUCAUUGCUGAUGUUUUGUUUUGGCUGACACAACUAUCUUGUCAAUUAAGCAGAUUUGCAGAAGAUUUAAUUCUUUAUUCUACCAGCGAGUUUGGAUAUGUGAAACUAUCUGAUGCUUAUAGCACUGGCAGCAGUUUGAUGCCCCAAAAGAAAAAUGCAGAUGGUUUAGAGUUGAUUCGAGGGAAAGCUGGAACAAUUAUUGGAAGGUGUAUGGGUUUCAUGGCAACAAUGAAAGGAUUACCAAGCACAUAUAAUAAAGAUUUACAAGAAGACAAAAUUGUAUUGUUUGAUGUCUGUGAUGCCAUGCAGGAUGUUAUACAGAUUGCUUCUGGUAUCAUUGCAACAUUGACCAUAAAUCCAGAGAAAAUGAAAUCUGCACUGAGCUUUGAUAUGCUAGCGACAGAUGUUGCAUAUUACCUAGUGCGUCGGGGAAUUGCGUUCAGGACAGCUCACAAUCUAGCUGGUCAGGUUGUAAAAGCAGCUGAAACAAAAGGAUGUUCAAUGGAUAAAUUAUCAUUGGCAGAACUGAAAAAUAUAAGUCCAAAAUUUGAAGAAGAUGCUUCACAAAUUUGGAACUUCGAAAACAGUGUAGAGCAAUAUGCUGCUUCAGGUGGUACAAGCCGAUCGAGUGUUCUGAACCAGAUUGCAAAAGUUGAAAAGGAAGUCAAAGCAGAUAUCUUGAUAUGAUUGCUCAGCAGAUACCAAAUAGCAAUAUCUAUUUUUUUUUGCUGUUGUUGUGACAAUGUUGUAUUUGGUUAAGAAAAAAUUCAGAAUAUACACAAGAAGUAGUAAAUUUUGGAAAGCUGUUCUUUUGGUAAAUUGGCAAUACUUUUUAGUGCACUGUGCUGAUGCAUUGGAUGUUUGAAUGUACUUUAAUCCAUUGCAUCUUUGUGUUUUUGCUGUAAAUUGAGAUACUUGUUUUUCUCAUAAUACUGUUUUAUAUGUGAUAUCUAUGAGGUGGCGUGUAUAUUGUGUAUUUUUUUGAAUUCAUUCAGACAACCUUUUCCUGGCUUAUGGUACAAUAGGCCAGUAAAUCCAAAAAUCAAUUAUAGCAAUCAUAAGCUUAGUUCAAUCAUUAUCACUGCACAGAAUCGUGUUUUUAGUAUUUUAACUGAUAAAAAGUUCAAUGUUGUUUGUUUUAUUUUGUGUUCUUGUUUUUCGGCUGAUAUUUCAAUAAAUUGCUUCAAUCAAUAAAAAAA